UCCCUCCGACGGGUACAAGCGAAGGACUACUUCCGCCUCCGGUGUCGUGCUUGUGGGCUUGAGCGGUUGCUGCUGUGAGCCUAAGUGCUUUCACGAGCCCCGUGGUCGUCGUCUGUUGGAUUCCCGCUGAGGUUGAUCCUCGGUCUCCGGACAGGCUGCCCCCCAUCUGCGUCUGGCCUGGAAGGUAAGACUUAUUUGUGGUUGAUAAGUAGCCGCCAUGGAGGCCAACGAUCACAAGAAACACAGAAAGAAACACAGUGGGCCUAAAGCUGAGAAGAAAAAGAAACGGUACCUGCAGAAUCUCCAGCUUGGAGACGAAGAGGAUGCCCGGAAGAGAAACCCUAAAGCUUUUGCGGUGCAGUCCGCUGUGCGAAUGGCCCGGUCCUUUCACAGGACUCAGGACUUAAAGACGAAAAAGCAUCACAUUCCAGUGGUUGACAGAACUCCACUCGAGCCCCCACCAAUAGUGGUGGUGGUGAUGGGGCCUCCAAAAGUUGGAAAGAGCACUUUGAUACGAUGCCUGAUUCGGAAUUUUACCAGGCAGAAGUUGAGUGAGAUCAGAGGCCCUGUGACAAUUGUGUCAGGUAAAAAGCGCAGACUUACCAUUAUUGAAUGUGGGUGUGACAUCAAUGUAAUGAUUGAUCUAGCUAAAGUAGCAGAUCUGGUGCUAAUGCUUAUAGAUGCCAGCUUUGGGUUUGAAAUGGAGACAUUUGAGUUUCUAAACAUCUGUCAAGUACAUGGCUUUCCUAAGAUUAUGGGAGUUCUCACCCAUUUAGAUUCCUUCAAGCAUAACAAGCAACUCAAGAAGACAAAGAAGCGGUUAAAGCACAGAUUCUGGACAGAAGUCUACCCGGGUGCCAAGCUAUUCUACCUUUCUGGAAUGGUGCAUGGAGAGUAUCAGAACCAAGAGAUUCACAACCUGGGUAGAUUUAUUACAGUUAUGAAGUUUAGGCCUCUCACAUGGCAAACUUCUCAUCCUUACAUCUUGGCAGACAGGAUGGAAGAUCUGACAAACCCUGAGGAUAUCCGAACAAAUAUCAAGUGUGACCGAAAGGUCUCUCUUUAUGGUUAUUUACGAGGCGCCUACAUGAAAAAUAACAGCCAGAUCCACAUGCCAGGCGUAGGAGAUUUUGUCGCCAGCGAUGUCAGUUUUCUCCCAGACCCCUGUGCUCUUCCAGAGCAGCAAAAAAAGCGCUGUUUGAAUGAGAAGGAAAAGCUGGUCUAUGCCCCUCUCUCUGGAGUUGGGGGUGUGCUGUAUGACAAAGAUGCUGUCUAUGUCGACCUGGGUGGCAGCCAUGGCUUCCAGCCAGCGGAGGAAACAGGCCCUACACAUGAACUGGUCCAGAGCCUCAUCUCCACCCAUUCAAGUAUCGAUGCUAAGAUGGCUUCAAGCAGAGUGACACUUUUCUCUGAUUCCAAACCUCUGGGGUCAGAAGACAUAGAUAAUCAAGGGCUGUGGAUGCCGAAAGAGGAAAAGCAGGUGGAUGUGGAAACAGGCCGAGUGCGUCGGAAAGCCAUUUUUGGAGACACAGAAGAUGAGUCUGGAGAUGAAGAAAGUGAAGAUGAAGAAGAAAUGUCUGAAGAUGACGGGAUGGAACAUGGCUCUAGUGAUGAUGAGGCAGAAGAGGAAGAGGAAGAGGGUGCUGAAAGCAGCAGCUGUAAAUACAUGACGGUUAGGGGACGCAAACGACCAAAGCUUGAGGAGCAGGAAGAAGACAUCGAGGCAGACGUGCCAGCGUUUGCUGAUAGCGACGAUGAUCUUGAGAGGAGCUCUGGGGAAGAGGAGGAGGCAGAGGAAGCGGAUGAAAGCAGUGCUGAUGGUACCUCCACAGGGGAGGGGGACACUGGGGAAUCCAGCUCUGUUGGAGGAGCUAGUGGGGCAAGACCAUCAGCAGCCCACCAGUGGAGGCACCAUCCGGAUGCACAGAAGCCUUCCCCAGUGAGAAACGCAGCCCUCACCACUUCUGAUUCUGGUCACUGUACAGCCGAAGAGGCAUUUCCAUCUGAAGAUGAGUCUGAAGAAUCUGAGCUCAGUUCAGAGGAAGAAGACUCAGACAAAGAGGUUAGGGGGAAGCUUGCAAAUCCUCAGCAGGACAGUGAACAGAAACUUGAGUUGGAGAACCUGGUUGAUGAGACUAGCGACAUUGAAAAUUUACUCAAAGAGGAAGACGAUCACAAGGAGGAAAAUAACAGCUCUGUAGAGACAUCAGGUGCCCUCAAGUGGAAGGAAGACCUUUCCAGAAAAGCAGCAGAGGCUUUUCUGAGGCAGCAACAAGCAGCUCCGAAUCUUCGAAAGCUGAUUUAUGGGACAGUGACAGAGGAUAAUGAAGGUGAAGAUGGAGACACCUCAGAAGAGCUUGGAGGGCUGUUCCGUGUCAGCCAACCAGACAGAGGGUGUAAGCACAAGGCUGACUCUCUGGACUGCUCCAGAUUCCUUGUGGAGGCGCCUCAUGAUUGGGAUUUAGAGGAGGUUAUGAACAGUAUCAGAGAUUGCUUUGUCACUGGGAAAUGGGAAGAUGAUAAAGAUGCAGCCAAGAUCCUAGCAGAAGAAGAGGAGCUCUAUGGUGACUUUGAAGACCUAGAAACGGGGGACGUGCACAAGGGAAAACCGGGCCUGGAUACUCAGAGUGAAGACAUAGAAGAAGUGAAGGAAGAAGCUGACCCAAGUGAGGAGGAAAGUGCUAAGACAAAGCAUUUGAAUAAGAAGAGGAAGCUGAAGGAGCUGUUUGAUGCAGAGUAUGAUGAAGGAGAAAGCACGUACUUUGAUGAUCUUAAGGGUGAAAUGCAUAGACAAGCGCAGCUUAACCAGGCUGAAUUUGAAGAUCAAGAAGAUGAAACCAGAGUUCAGUAUGAGGGAUUUCGACCUGGAAUGUAUGUCCGAAUUGAGAUUGAAAACAUUCCCUGUGAAUUUGUGCAGAACUUUGACCCACACUACCCAAUCAUUCUGGGUGGUUUGGGCAAUAGUGAGGGCACUGUGGGAUAUGUGCAGGUAGGUGCCCUUUGCUGCAAGCUUGGAGACGGGUCAGAUGGAGGUACACUUUGUUUUACUGAAUGUUUAUACUUCCAGAUGCGCCUCAAGAAACAUCGUUGGUAUAAGAAAAUCCUCAAGUCUCGAGACCCAAUUAUUUUUUCUGUAGGAUGGAGGAGGUUUCAGACCAUUCCACUGUAUUAUAUUGAAGACCACAAUGGAAGACAAAGGCUUCUGAAAUAUACCCCACAGCACAUGCAUUGUGGAGCAACUUUUUGGGGUCCUAUCACCCCACAAGGAACUGGAUUUUUGGCGAUACAGUCUGUCAGUGGUGUAAUGCCUGAGUUUCGGAUUGCUGCCACUGGAGUUGUCCUUGACCUGGAUAAAUCCAUAAAAAUUGUGAAGAAAUUAAAGCUAACUGGUUUUCCUUUUAAAAUAUUCAAGAAUACUUCAUUUAUUAAGGGAAUGUUUAAUUCUGCAUUGGAAGUAGCCAAAUUUGAAGGUGCUGUCAUUCGAACUGUCAGUGGAAUAAGGGGACAGAUCAAGAAAGCACUCCGGGCUCCAGAAGGAGCCUUCCGAGCUACCUUUGAGGACAAGUUGCUAAUGAGUGAUAUUGUUUUCAUGCGAACUUGGUACCCUGUCUCCAUCCCGGCCUUCUAUAAUCCAGUAACAUCUUUGCUGAAACCAGUGGGCGAGAAAGAUACCUGGUCAGGAAUGCGGACAACACAUCAACUGAGACUUGCCCAUGGAAUCAAAUUAAAGCCAAAUAAGGAUUCGUUGUAUAAGCCAAUCCUGAGACAAAAGAAACAUUUUAAUACACUGCACAUUCCCAAAGCCUUGCAGAAGGCUCUGCCAUUUAAGAACAAACCCAAGACCCAAGCAAAGGCAGGCAAAGUGCCAAGAGACAGGCAGAGACCGGCGGUCAUACGUGAACCUCAUGAGAGGAAGGUCUUGGCUCUCCUAGAUGCUCUGAGCACAAUACAUAGUCAGAAAAUGAAAAAGGCCAAAGAGCAGAGACGCCUGCACAACAAGGAGCAUGUGAAGAUGAAGCAGAAGGAGGAAGAGGAGAAGCUGAGGCGGCAGAAGGACCUGAGGAAGAAGCUCUUCCGGAUCCAGGGUCAGAAGGAAAAACGAAGUCAGAAGUCUAGUCUGAGAGGAGCUGAGGACACCUGAAGUAUCUCCAGAAUGGAAGGUGUCUUCCAGAGCUGCAGCUGUGAUGGCUUCAGUGCCUGUGACAAGUCAUGAUGAGAGCCUGUGGAGACUCUGGGAUGUGUGGUCCAGCCGUGCCUGGAGGAACUAUAAAAAGACUGCUGGUGGCAUCCACGCUCAUUCACAGCAUCCAGUGAGACGGGGUUCACGGCUGGGAAGCUUGGGUCUUUGUGAAUUAGCUCAUUGCUUCUUCCUGUCUUGGUUUAUUUUGUGCUAUAAAAAUAUUAAACUAUUUUCCCAUUAA